AUGCUCUCCCUCCCCUCCCCCCCAGCAUCAUCCUCCUCCUCAUCACCCUCCUCUUCCACACCAAGCCGCCCCAGCUUCAACUCCCACCGAACCCAAGACCGCCUCCGCGAGGGCGAGACCCCCUACGUCCUCUUCCGCACAGAAACGAGCAACCUCCAGCGCGGCCGGAAAUCCGUCUUCAAAGAGACGGGCCUCCUCGACGACACCGACAUCAACCUCAACAUUGUCGCUUCCAGCGCCGCAGUCACCAUCAACGUAAGCGACGAGGACGACAGCAGCGCCAGCGGCGUAUCCCUUCUCCAGUCGCCGAUUGCUUCGCCUGCGUCUGAGGCAGAGGCAGAGGCCCAGCAGACUGCGCCAUUUCCGCCUCUGCAGGACGUGCACGUGUCGGUGCAGCGGCCCGUGCAGGCGAGGAGUGCCCUGGAUUCAUGGUAUGUCUGGGCUCUAUUUCUUGCGCGUUGCCGCUCGCGAUGA